AUUAACAGCUGCCAAGGAGUUGCUUUCGCACAACUUGACCUUAAAACACAAUCCAAACACAUCAGAUCGCGUUUCACUKUCAUGACAUUUGAUUUGUUUUCUCUUAUCGUUGCACAAACCAUAGCUCUCGUUGUAAAAGAAUGACUCGAUUUGAUAGAACAAGAAUUAUGCUCGUUCCUCUUGGACUUCUGUUCAGUUUGGUUUAUCACAGGACUUCUGCUGAGAGAGUGUCUUUGUGGCCAGAAGGUCAGUACGGGUUACCAAAACCCAUCGAAGGAUGUCCAAAAUCCAGUCCAUUCACGUGGGAAACAGGSUCACUGUUCCAAGACUGUGAAGACACAAAUCCUCAAACAAGCAAAUCACCAAGCUUCCACUUGGCGGGAUAUGUCAAGAACGAUGUGUUCCAGGAGUUUUGCGUCAAGACGAAUACAAUCAAUGACAGCGCUAACCCCCCCUGGCCUACUGGACAGUACUGUAUCUAUCAAAAAGGCGARAAGUGUCCGAGAGGAUUGGAGUCAGGGUGGGUUGUUUGGGACGACGAAAGUGAAGUGAUAGGAAGAAACAAGAACUCGUGGAAUGGAACACUGCCUAAAGGAAAAUACUACUACGAUACAAAAAUGUACUUUUGCUGYAGCACCAAAGGUAGAAAGACGGAGAAGAUCGACCUUCCUCUGUCAUCUCCUUUCUUCCUCAUAGCAUACAGAGAUAGUACGUGUCAGCGUGUCCGGGGUGCCAYGGCCACUAGGGAGUUUAUAUACUAUGAAACAGAGUACUAUACGAUGGUGACAAAGAAUGAUUAUGGUGGCGCUUCUCCUUAUCAAGUGACGCGGUCAAGAUAUGGACACACUAUUUAUUACUGCUAUUAUAGACCAAACUACUGUCCUCCUCUCUCGAGCAUCAUCAACGGUCAUGUUUAUCCUCCUCGCUGUUCUCGAGCCAACAGUAAUGUUUUUAACGACACGUGUACAGCGCGCUGUAAUCCCGGAUAUGUCCCGCGGGACUCGUUCAUACCGGUAUCUGUUUGUGGCGAGGACGGACGAUGGGAUUCCUCUCCAGCAGUUACUUGUCAGCCCAUCCCAACAACUACAUCAUCAACUACACGUCAAAACACAACACCAACUACACAAGAACCCCGCAAAGGUAACAACACCACUACAACACCUCAUCCAUCAACUGAAUCACAACAUCAAAMUGGAAUCGACAAUAGAUUAACUACUCCACGACAAUCAAACCAAGGCGAUCAUUCCACCGUGGGGCCCUCUUCUUCCRGUGCCAAGGAUAGCGAGGGAGACUUCAGGACUCAAGCCCUCGCUGACGAUCAAUCGAAGUUGUCAUCUGUUGGUCGUAUUGUUGCUGGUUCGAUCAGUGGUGCUGUUGUUGUGUUUGGUGUAAUAUUUAUCAUCUGUGUUUCCCAUUGUAGAAGAGAGAGUUCAAAGAAAAAAGAGACGGAAAGAAAGAGGGCGCUAGACAGAUCUAAGUCGUUGGACGAGCUUGUGGCUGGCAGAGGGCUUAUGCACCGCUCUGUAUCAGAAGAGAACCUCAUCUACGCAGACCCCGUCAGUUUUCAAGUCGAAUACACGGUAAAAACAGAUGAAAAUCCUCUAUAUGAAAGUUACGAUUGCUCGACUUUACCAAACCCACCCAUCCGAAAGACAGAUAACAUACUUUAUGAAAGCUUUUCUCCUCUUCUUCCUUCGUUCACGGCGAGGGAACAAAGCCAGCUACCCCCAUUUAACUACCAGCCAAAAACAUUAUGAUAUUUGUCGAAUAUGUAUGAAACCGCAAGUAUGACGAUGAAAUGUAGUUCAWUAGCAAAUGACAAAUGUGUUGUGAAAAAUCGCUUGUUUGUAUCGAUAAAAGAUCUUGGAAGUUCAAGUGUAUCAUGAAAGAGGAUAGUCAUGUGACGUAUCGAGGCGUGGUUGAUAUUACUCAUAUCACGUCACGUUGCAAAGCGUGUGGCUAUUGCAUURAUCACGUCGGAUAUGAGGCGCCGUGCUAUGAUUUCAUCACAACAUGUCAAGACGUGUUACUGUUACCUUAUUGAUGGCUUCAUUCGACUCCCACUACCAAGAUGCUUCGCGAAUUUUCUUUCUGAUUUAAAUUUGUAUUCCCUCAUAAGAAUAGUAAAACAGUUGGUGCUAAUUAACUGAACAAAAGAAAGUGUGCAAGGGAGUCUGGUAGUAGAGGUCAAUGACGUCAUGAUGACGCCAUCACAAUGACAAUGAAUGUGUAAAUACUUCAUCGAUUGCUGAUUGCCAUUUCUCUGUCAUUUCUUAAAAAUAUAUUAAUAUAAGAAGAGUAUCCGAGUUCUCGUUUCUGAUUGGCUCAGAGGGGAAGCCAUUUGAUAGUACCCAUCGUUACCAUACAGUCCAGCUAUGAUACGUUUUGUAAACUAAACGAGCGGUUUAUUAAAUAGGAAUAUACAAAUGUAAAAAAGAUUCCCACUGUAAACAGAAAAAUAAAAACUAAAAUAUGAUAAUUACAACUGCACGAAACAAACAUUUCUAGUAAACUAGUAAAAGAGUUUUUUUUCUUCCGCGUCUGGCUCUUUCUUUUUCGACAUCUCGAGAUUCUCGUUCACAGAAUUCACAGACGCUGAACUCGUAAGAAAUUUAGCGACCGCAGGAUGUCGUUCAAAGCAGUAGCCGCGAGCAGCGUUCUUGUAACUCGAGAGCAAGUCUUGUAAUUCAUGUAGUUUUUGAUKGUGAGUUGAUUUGGUUUGUUUGACGUCAGAGUAAACGAUGUCUUCAAUGUAGUUUAUUUGAGUCAUGACGUCACCUAUAUAUUGCAGUGAGUUUGGACUGUUUUCACAGGCUGUCUUGUGUCGUGAAUACAAGGCAUGUAGGCUUUCAGAUGAAAGUACGAUGAGCUUGCGAAGAAGGCUUUAAUGAAAAAAAAUAAAGGAUUCAAGACAAAUGUUAGACACAUUUCAAAGGCCGCGCACAGAAAAUCUAUGCGCAUGCGCCAAUUGCCCUAGAAAACAAAUAUAUAUCUUUUUAACCUUUAAGAAACGAACUUAUCCUUAUUAAAACGAUAUACUUUUG